AUGAAAAACUGCUCUACUUGUAUGCUGGAUCUCGAUCUUAUUUAUGAGGAUGAUCUAUCGAUAUUCUCUCUGGAGGACACGAUGGUAGCAUCCAUUGCUGGGGAACAUGAAAAUCAACAAGAAGAAAGGCCAACCAAAAGUGAUCAUCGUCCUGACGACGGUGGUGUUCCUGGUCCUUCUACAGCCAAUGUGCUGGAUGGAGAGUGGAGCAUUUCUUCAGAUGCCAUUCCUUUGCCAAUUUCAAAGACUUCUCUUCCAUCACUCGAAGCCUUUGAUGAGGAUGAUGACUGGAGGAGCAUGUCUUCGGAUGCCACGACGGUUCCGCCUCUUUUGUCAACUACAACCUCCAAAUCCAAUCCUGACCAGAAGAAGCUUCCAUCAAUCGACGAAGGAACUGUCUACAAGCUCAGCAGGAAGAUGCUGCGGUCUGCUCGAUCGCGAGCGAUGGUACUAAAAAAUGUCUAUCCUGAUCUGAGGCGGAGGGGAUUCAAACUUCCAGAAAAGAAGAACAAAAGUUUCUCGUGGAGCAACCACAAGAUGUGUGCGCUGAAGAAGGCUAAUCAUCCAUUGUACAAGAAGCCAAGCGACUUUCUCCGAGCAUCGUUGAGGGGGUGA